AGCGGCUGUCGAGUCACGUGGAUUACCCGCCGAAAAGUCCACUGGUUCCGUUAGCUUCUUGUGUAGGAGACCGCAGGAGUUCUACGAGUCUUCUUGAAGGCCGCUACCUCCAAUCCACAAUGCAUCGCCAAUCGGUUGCGCGACUUGCUCGCCAGUGCGGGGGCCUUCCGCUGGCCGAAUUGCCUCCUCCUUACCUCGCACCGUCCCUUCAUUUCUCCCGGAUUCAGUGCUCGAACUUUUCGUCAACCGCUGUCGCUGCUGGCCAUGGACGUGAUCUGAGCAAGUCACGCGGUGUGUCCGCCAUCCACCGUACUGGCCCCAAGUUUAAGUUGGGCGUUUCAAAAUACCCUCUGCCCAAGCCUGUCUCGCCGGAAACACUCGAGAAGCGUAACCCUACCCCGGAUCAUGGUCUUUGGGGAUUCUUCCCUCCGGAUCAUCAGGCCCUGAGCACGCCAAAAUACGAUCACGCUCAUGGUCGCUCCUGGUCAAUCCAGGAACUCCGCGAAAAAUCCUGGGAGGAUCUUCAUGCUCUUUGGUGGGUCUGUGUCAAGGAACGCAAUCGCAUAGCUACUUCGCAGCUGGAAAGACAGCGACUGAAGGCCGGUUACGGAGAAUGGGAGCUUGAUAAUCGGGACCGGACGAUCCGUGUUACACAAAAGAGUAUCAAGCACGUUCUCCGGGAAAGAUGGUAUGCCUGGGAAGAUGCCCAGAAAUUGUAUAACAGUGGUUACCGGCCACAGGAAGAGGGUGCCGAAGAGGCAUCGAGCACGGCAUAAUCUGGAUAGAGCGUUACAGUUUCCAGAAAUGGAUUGAAAGGGCUCCUGUCUCAGAUUAUUAGUUCUGUAUAUGUAGUAUUAUCACUCUGUAUUAGUCCAAUUGAUUUCAUAAGACUUGUGAUCUAGUUGAGAUGCUUCAUGGAGGAUGAGCACGGAAAAAGGGGAGUGGAUUUGCGGACCAGUCUAUAGUCUUUCCGGGUCCAGAUCGUAUACUUUCUCACUCCAAUAAUUCAAUAGUCGUGCUGGGGUUGCCUGAUUAG